AUGAGAAAUUUUCAAAUCUUCUACGACGCUCUCAAGGCCACAUUUCAAGACAAGGAGGUCCCCUUUCCAACGGCUUUGGCUUUGAUCCUUGAGCCUCCGACGAGCGGAAAGAAUGCUCAAGCAACAGUUCUUUCACCGAUUCCCAGCAAUGAGGAAGGGUCGAACUACUCUACAGAGUAUGAAUGUGAAGAAUCCGUCCCUAUUCUGGUUAUACAAGACAACCAGGAAAAUAUCCUGAAAGAUCGACGACUUCAAUCACAAGCGGCUCGAGGAAAUGGACGUGGGAGAGGCAGACGAGCACGAGGGAACAACAGCAGCGCUGUUGCUGCUUCACUGGCACGACCAUCACCUCCACACGAUGAUCCUCUCGACAGCCCGGCGGAUGCUGAAGCUCGUCGUGCAAUCUACAAGGAUCUUUAUCGUCUCGUCCACGGGAUCCGUCUCCAAAAAGGACAAACCACGAGCAAAUACGCCAACUACCAAUGGCCUCCUUUGCUUCUACAGGUGGUUCGCUGCCGAUAUCCUUCUGGUAUUAAAAACUAUGAGAAUUAUAGAGAGCCCGAUGUAAUUUUCACUGACGAAUCGUUUGUUGAUGUAUUUCAAUAA